CUAAUUAUACCCAGUCUCCUCGUAUUCCACAUCACUCUCUCUUUCUCUCUCUUAAUUUCCCUUCUUUUUCUCUUGUCUACAGAGAAGUGCCAGAAACCUCAGAACUGAAACAUAGAGAAGAGACUCAGAGAGAGGAGACAGUGUGAGAGAAAAAGCCAUUGAAAAUUGAUUACAGAAAGUAGAAAAACAACCACUUUUGCUUUUCAAUGCUCAAUCAAACUCCAUACCCAUAUUCACUCUGAUAAAAGCUCCUGAAUCCUUCUCUCUCACUUUCUCUACCUUCACUACUUAUAAUUUGAAAAUCUAACUUGUUUUUAUGAUUUGUCUUCCUGGGUUUGAAAUUUGAAUUGAAGAAGAGACCCAAACACUAUGAUUUCCUAUUGAUGAAAUGGCACUAGUAUUGCAAAUGAUGACCAAUCAACAACAAAAUCCCAAGACUAUCAGUACUGAAGCUGAGAAAAUUAAUCCAACUUUUCAUGAUUUUCUUGGUAUGAAAUGUAUUUCAGAUUCUCCUCAUCAAACUCCUUCUCCUAUAAUUGUUAUUCCUAAACAGAGUAAUGAAAUCAAACCCUCUGAAGCUUCUUCAUCCGGUGGUGGUCAUACCCCUGUCUCUGCUACUUCCGAUCUAGCUUCUGAAAGGCUAGUUGGGAACAAUUCUGAGGGGGUUCAGUUGCAUGGUUCAAAGAGUGAUUUUUCUGGACCUGAGAUAAGCAACAGAUUCGCUGGAAGCAAGAGGAGUAAUUCGGAUUCGGUAUUUAUGGGUUCAGCUAGAGACAGGAUGACACCUCAGUCAGGAACUGAUUCGUUUGAAAGUUCACACUUGAUGAAGUUAAUCCGGAGUAGCACUGGUGGAGACAGACCGAGAACUUCUCAGAGUGAAGAACAAUUCUUUGGUAUGCAACCACCGAGACAAACUUCUACUAAUCAGCUAAUAUUGCAGCCUCCUGGUGUUAGUCGACCUGAUUCUGGUGCUUCCAAGUUAGAGCGGCCCCUUCAGAUGAAUGCGAGCCCAUCAUCACAAUAUACCCCACGCCAUGGCCAAUUUUCAACGUACAUUGACAAGUUAUCUUCCAACAAGUACCGAGAUGGGAAUUCAGGCGUUUCAAUCAUUUCUCAACCUGCUGCUGAUGAAGGUUCUAGAACAGGCAUUAAAGGGUCAAGUAUAUUGAAUGGUAUUACCGCCAGCAAUCCAGUUCUUGACAGAAACUCGCCUAGGGUGAUUCUUAGCGGAAAGCCAAAAUACGCUUCUCAAAUUUUGGACCUGGAACCUUCUAAUCCACCAAGCCAACAUGGAUUGGCAUCUGGUUGUCGCCAAAUGACUAUAUUUUACGGUGGCCAAGCUCAUGUGUUCGAUGAUGUCCACCCAAACAAGGCAGAUGUAAUAAUGUCUUUGGCUGGAUCAAAUGGAGGGUCAUGGUCCACAACUUACGCCCAAAAGCCUGCUGUGAAGGUAUCCAUCGGUGAAACUAUCUUACCCAGUGGAGCAAAUGAAUUGGGUGUCAACAACUUAGCACUUCCUCGAGAAUUACGUGGCAAUUUGGUUACUUCAGGUAGUUCUAGUCAUCUAUUUGACAAAGAUCGGCAAACUUUAGGAUCCUCAAGCGGCCCCUUAAACUUUUCAUCCGGGGGACGGCAAGGACAUAUGAUCGCGAGCGAGACAAGAAUUCCAUCACAAGUUGUAAAAUACACUGAGAAUGAAGGUAAAAGAGAUGUACGAUGAUAUAAUUACAAUGAAGGCAAAAGAGAGGUAUGCUGAUAGAGGGGUUCCCAGUUUUGCUUUUCAUUGGUUUUGUUGCUACUUGUCUCUUGGGAAGUUGAGCUUCUUUUCUUCCAUGUUUUGUGGGAUAACCCUUUGUAGUUUGUACCUCCAGAUGCUGAUUAGUUGUAGGAUUCACAAUGAAAUAUACACCGUUGAACUUCACAAAAUGCUUCUUAUUUUCCUCCGAUGUCUUGGAUUUGAUGAUAAUUUCCUUGAGGAGAAAUGUUCCUCUUGGCUAGAAUAUAUAUAAAAUCAUAUAAUAUUUUUUGUG